GAAGGCUGAUGAAUCAGUUAACUAGACUCGCUGCGAGAUAGAGCCAGGCUUGUGUUUCACUUGUCAUUGUAAUCGUAUUUAUGGAUAGUCAUGGACACCGACUACACCAACUUUGAGAAUCCGCUUUACAGCGACUUCAAAUAUUUCUGCAAGAAGAUACAGGAGGCCUAUAAUGAACUAAUGGAAGACAUAACUCCGUACAGAGACGAUCGGUUCUACAGGCUCGCCCCCAUGCGGCUAUACACACUCUCUAAAAGACAUUUCGUGUUGGUUUUCGUGUUUUUCUUGAUAUGCUUUGGACUCACGGUCUUCAUAGGAAUAGCAGGCCCAAGAGUCAUAGAAGAGACAGAUUUCCUUACCAACGCAGUGACAAACGGUUCAAAGACUGGGCAGUAUAGUUUAUAUUCCCCACCACUGUCCACGUACAACCAACAGUUAUGGCUAACCUGUGUCAUCCAAGUGGCCCAGAGUGAUGUGGCAGACUUUAAACAGCCUUUCCAGAUCAAUGUGCUGUUAAAAGGAGUCAUGCAGGAUGCCAGUGUGAUGCAUAUCACUGAUGACGUGCACCAGAGGUCACGUAUGCUGCACUGUGCUCCACAGAGAGGUUGUGAUGAGAUCAUAGUGAUGCACCUGGGCUACCUGAAUUAUACUCAGUACCAGGUGAAUGUGGCUCUAAAAGGCCUGGAGAACCUCACGUAUGGCAUCCGAGAUGUCACAUUUGUGUGGAAGAGGUACAACCCCACCUUUUCACAAGUGGAAAUCUGGUUUCGAUUUGUGUUCGUUGUUUUGACCUUCAUGGUAACGUGCAUGUUUGCUCACUCUUUGAGGAAGUUCUCCAUGAGGGAUUGGGGAAUUGAGCAGAAGUGGAUGUCAAUUCUACUGCCGUUGUUAUUGCUCUAUAAUGAUCCCUUCUUCCCAUUAUCGUUCCUGGUGAACAGCUGGUUCCCUGGGACCCUGGAUGCCUUUUUCCAGGCCCUAUUCCUCUGUGCCCUGCUGCUCUUCUGGCUCUGUGUGUAUCAUGGCAUACGUGUCCAGGGUGAGAGAAAGUGCCUGACAUUUUACCUGCCCAAACUGCUUAUUGUUGGGCUAAUCUGGCUGUCAGCUGUAACACUGGGCAUCUGGCAAACGGUGAAUGAACUGCAGGAUCCCACAUACCAAUACAAAGUCGAUAUUGUCAACUUCCAGGGUAUGAAGAUUUUCUUCCUGUUGGUCGUGGUCCUUUACGUUCUCUACCUGGUGUUUCUGGUGGUCAGGGCGUGCUCAGAGCUGAAGCACUUGCCUUACUCAGAUCUUCGUCUCAAGUUCCUGACUGCUCUGACAUUUGUUGUGCUGAUAAUUAGUAUGGCCAUACUCUACCUGAGGUUCGGAGCCAAAGCUCUGCAAGACAACUUUGUGGCUGAGCUGUCCACCCAUUACCAGAACUAUAUCCUUUUUUAUUUAUGCUGUAUGCGUGCCUCAAAAUACAGGAGACAUUUUUCUGUCAAUAUACACUACACUACUCUCAAAAAGUCAGGGAUAUUUGGCUUUUAGUUCAAAUGUGUUGCCCUUUGUUUCAAUAAAUUGUUUGAGAUGAGGAAAUCACAGACUAUUGCAUGGCAUGUUUUCACUUCAAUUCCCUACUUUCAUUAUAUAAUACCACUGUAGCUUGAACUUUUUACAUAUUCCACACCUUUCACCCGAAAGCCAGAUAUCCCUAAUUAUUUGCAGUGUUUGUUGGUUGGGAAAACUUGAUUUUGAACCACAUUAGCGCUUUACCUGUCGAUGUUUCUCAUCGCCUCUAUUGACAUAACUUUUCUUACUCUGAAUCUUGCUAUAGCUAGUUUAGGAAAUUGUCUCUUUAUCCUUCCAUUGUGUUCCUUAACACGUCCUGCACCCGCUGAGUUUUUAUCCUUCUACGGCUUACUCAACUUUUAUUUGUACACAUUAGCCUUUGUGUACUCUCCAUCCAAGAAUGCCAUGUAUGACUCCCAGCUGAAGGAUAACCCUGCAUUUUCAAUGUUGAAUGACUCUGAAGAUGAGAUCAUUUAUGGGAGCGACUAUGAAGAGAUGCCACUUCAAAAUGGCCGUGCCAUCAAAGCCACUUCGAAGUACCAAGAUGAAAGUGACAGUGACUGAUCCAUUCUGUGGUUUCUCAUGAUUUUUGACUAUCUGACUGCACAUUUGCAGAACCACACAGUGUAAAUAUAGUCUUUGAAAAGAUUAUAAUAUAUAAAUAUAUAUUUUUAAACAAAGAAAACAAACAAGUUUUGUGUGAAUGUAAGAAAAAACAAAAACAACAGCGUGCUUAAGGAGUUUUUCCCCCUCCUUGUGGUAUUGACGGAAUGUAAACUUACCACUUAUUUUCCAUUUAUUGCUAUCAUGCUUACAUGCGUUUUGAUUUUACUUUUUAACGGUUUGCAACAGAAAGUGCUAAAAACUAACUUCAACACUAUACUAAAAUAAAUCAAUGGGUUGAAGGGUUCCAAAGUAUGGGUAAUGCUGAUGGCAAUUUAAAUUCUCCCUUUCUGAACUCUCAUGUUGCUAAUGUAAUGCAUCUGAGCUCAAGAGGAUGUCUCGCCAUACUGUACAUAUGUGCCAAAGACACUUCCAGCAAUCUAUGUCAGUUACUUCUUCACGAUACACAUCAGUGUUUUUCCUUCUGUUUUUUUUUUUUUUUUUUCAGUUAUGCCAGAAUAUCUAGUUAAAUCUGGAUGUAAAUCUGAAUUAACGUUUUGCCGGGAAGAACAUUGUACGCCUAUGAUUCGGUGUAAAAGUUGAUGUACGUUUUUGCCAAUUCAUUCCUUAAUGUAUGAGUUUAAACAGGCUUAUCUGUUCUACUAGGCCCAGGGGCGGAGUGGGGCUACUUCAGACAUGUCAAACCUUAAGUGGUCUGUACCCAUCUCACAACCUGCAUGUCAGGUCGUCGUUGUUCUAUCUUACCACAUUAUUAGGCUACCAGGGCUAUGGGGAGGAGGCCCAGGGAGUGAGGAAGGGUCUGCAAUCGCAGUCCACAGACAAACAAAUAUCAUGCACUUUUUAAGCUCACAGUAAUCAUUCUGGCCUCAAAAUGUUACCGGCUGGCCAGGAAUUCUCCCAAUUCUCAUUCUGCCAUUAACUGGGCCUAAUGUGCUCAAAUGGUUGACCCCAUUUUUUUUUUAAAAUCUUGCCUGUGAUGUCACAUUCCAGAUAUGUAUGCACUUUUGAUUUGAUGUUUUGUCCUUUUGUGUAUAUCAGGCUGUAUGUGGGAAUUCCUGCUUUUGCUGUAAGGUCUGUCUGCCCAUUUCAGAGUUUUUAAUGUUUUAUCAUGUAUUUUUUAUUUUCAUAUCAAGUCUAGUACACCAUCAGAACUCAUCAGUAACCGAUGAUGUUUAUGAACACUGUUAAUAUGUUGUAAAGACUUAACCACCAAAUAUGUUGUUGUUUGUUACUCCAUAUACAUUAACAGGGGUGUACUGGUAAUGAAAUUGGGCCCAGCGACUUCUCUGGUAACACCGGCUGGAUAGCCUGCAUUGAGGUAUAUAGGGGGGGGGGGAAACUUGAUAUAGUGUAUCAAUGGCUAUCAGUUGCUGGAGCCCACCAGGAUUUGUCCCUGUAUACCAGAUAGCCUGUACACCACUGUAUACCGUUUAUAAUUCAUUAGAAAAUAUAAAUUCAGACGUUUUGGGGAAAAAAUGAACGUGCCUUUCUUUUCAUUUUGCACAGUAUUAAUCCUCCGAUCUGUCUGUAAGGUUCUUGGUUGAAACGAAGAACACUCUUCGUUUGGCUGUUUACCCGUUUUACCUAUGGGUAUGAAGGCUGCUAGUUAGGUGACUUUAAGGAAAUAAGGGAUACUAAUCAUAGACUGAAAGGCAUAUUCUUACAGUUUGUAAAAUAAAAUCACUUGUAAAUAUAAUUCUGUGAUGUCAAGUAGUCAUUAAAGUUCAAUAUUAAAAGCUUGCCUGACAAGGCUUAUACUA